CCUCCGGACUGGGCUGUCCGCCCUGCGAUACAUAAGGCGAUGCAGGGAGGCGGCGCUACGGAAAGAGCCGCUGCAGCCGCCGCCGAGAAGUCGCAGGAACCGCCGGAAGGACGCGCAAAGAUGGUGAAGACCGUGGGCAGCCUGGUAAGGGUCUUCCCCCUUGCACUGGGGGGCGGCUUUCCCAGGCCAAGGCCCGGGAGGGAGUAAGGACCACCGCCGGGGGAGAAGCGCGCGUGCAAAAAUCCCGGGGUUGCAACAUUUGCAGCUGCCGACCCCUAACUCCUCCUGAUCUGACCCCCCAACCCCGGGGGGGGCUGCAGAAGUGCCAACUUGAAUGAAAUAUUUGGGGGGCCCUUACCCAUGGGCGUAGCCAAGGGGAGGGGGGCAGGGGACAGCUGACCCCCCCAACACAAUCCAAUAAAAAAUACUUAACUAACUGUGGUUCUGCUCCACAGUCUGCUCAACCCCCCCAAGAAUCCUGGCUACGCCCAUGGGACCCCCCCCCCCAAAGUAUGGAGUAGCUAGGAUUUAUAUUGGGGGGGGCGAGCUAUCCAAGGUGCCACUGGGCAGUGCGUUUAGUAUUUUUAUUUAUUGGGGAGGGGGAGAGCAGCUGCCCCCCCAAUCCGGCAACGCCCAUGGGCCCAGGUAAGCCCUGUCGUCUGGCAUAACUGGAUCGCAAGGCGCACACCAGUUUGAAUGGCAAUGCCCGUUAACUUGAGGGGGUGCUCCAGCCCCCUACAAUAUUUAUUGGGGAGGGGCUGAAGGGACCUUGGACCCCUUAGGAGUUGGCUCCUUGCCUCUUAUCUAGUGUGGAAAAGAUCCUUUGGGUGCCUGUUGCAUUCUUAGUUCCUUGCGCUUAAAAAUAAAUAAAUGCAUGCAGGGCUUUUACGCUGGUGGUGGCUUUGCAGGGGUCAGGAAGAGGCGCUUCUAACUUCCUGAAGUGCCCCUUCUUCUUCUUUUUCUUCUUCCACCGGCCGCCUCCUCUCCCUGCCUGGCAUUGCAGCUGCCUCUGCCACCCGGAAAACCUGCCCCAGAGGCUCAUUGGGGUUGCAUCAGCAUCUGCUUCCGCAUGUGCCAGUUAAGAGGAGCAUUGGGGCAUGGGAGCGAGGGCUUUUGUCUGCUUCCAUUCCCUCUUCUCCUUGCCUGCAUCAUCUCAGAGCCCCUUCCUAGCUCUGUGUACAGGGGCUCCUCCUUCUCUGCUUGCUGAGAAAACAACCAUGGCGGCCCCCCAGCACUUUUCCUCCUCCGACUUCUGCCUGGAUCCGCCUGAUUAAACUCUUUCGCAGGCUGGCUACCUAGAAAGGACACUUUGCCCCCCAGUGGAAGGAGUGGCGGCAGGUACAAUCGUCUCCUUGCCGUGGAGAGUUAAGAAUCUUGCGGCACAACUCUGCCCAUGUGUAAAGUCCGCUGCCGACCAAAGUGUGGUCCUCUUGAGACGGCAGCUUUUCUGGCAACUCCCCAUUUCCGACUCCCGCUUUGAACAUCAAGAGUUUUUGCCAAGCUCUUAUCUGAGCUGCGGCCGUCUCUUUGCCUAGCCGAGGCCUUGUUGUUUGGAGAGUUGUGCCCCACUGCCCCGGCGAAGGGCCUCUUGUGUUCUUGCUGUUCUGGAUUUUCCUGCGGCAGACUUUAAUGGCUGCUGCGAACGGUUGCAGCAGCAGCGUGGGCACAGAGGGAGGAGGCAAAUAGCAGGAGGAGCUACGGCGGUUGCAGCCAAAAAAACGACAAUUGCUGUAAUAAGCCGCUGCAGAGACACACACACUCUCUCUGACAAGCUCCUGCAUUUUAAGAGAUUCCUGGCUGUCCCUUUUUUUAAAAAAGGAUUCCAUCCCUCGUUUCCUUUACCUGACGGGAAGCUUGUGUUAAUUGCAGAGGGAGAGAUGCUUGCUGCCUUCGCCAUCCUUCAGUCUUCUUAGUCGUGCUCGACCCUCCAUGAUCCCAUGAACCAGAGCAUGUGUUGGAAUUUCUCCUCAAAGCUUCUGCUUUUGUCCACGGAGUGUUCAUGGCAAAAUACUGGAGUGGGUUGCCAGUUCCUUCUCCAGCUUGCUACCUUAUAAUUCUAUGAUUCUUGUAGCAUAGUAUUCUCCUCUGUUGUUUACAUAAACUGCUCAUGCGCUAGUGCCCUAUGUCCUGGGGAUGUGGCUGCUAGUGCCCCCCCCUCCCCCUGUGAUCAGCUGUGCUCAGCCGUAGGAAGGCUUAAAUUUUCCUGGACUACAGAAACAUCCAACGCCGUUGUCAAGCAGGGCACUGCUGCACACUCAAAGAUGUCUGUACUGAGAACUAGGAAAUAAGUUUUCUCUUUAAUGACAACAUAAUGUUCCGCUCCGGCGGGAAGGUAAACGGCGUUUCCGUGCGCUGCUCUGGUUCGCCAGAAGCAACUUAGUCUUGCUGGCCACAUGACCCGUAAAAACUGUCUGCGGACAAACGCUGGCUCCCUCGGCCUAUAGAGCGAGAUGAGCGCUGCAACCCCAGAGUUGUCCGCGACUGGACUUAACGGUCAGGGAGUCCCUUUACCUUUAAUGUUAGCAAGUUGGUGAGUUGCUGUUAGGAUACAAGUUUCUUCCAAUUUAGAGGGUGUGUGUUAGAUAUGUACUGGAGCAUACAGUGGUACCUCUGGUUACGUACUUAAUUCGUUCCGGAGGUCCGUUCUUAACCUGAAGCACCGCUUUAGCUAAUGGGGCCACCGCGCCACCAGAGCACAAUUUCUGUUCUCAUCCUGAAGCAAAGUUCUUAACCUGAGGUAUUAUUUCUGGGUUAGCGGAGUCUGUAACCUGAAGCGUAUGUAACCAGAGGUACCACUGUAGUUAUAAACAACUAUUCAAAUGCAUUGUUUCCUGUGAUUUGGGAGGAGACGACAAAACAUUCUUGAUUUAUUCCUCAAUCAUAUCGGUGACCAGUUGUAUGCUUCUUGACAUUUGCUGAAUGUGGUUGUGUGGCUUUGCUCAUUUGGGAAGGAAAACUACUGCUUGGAAAAAAUUAGUUGGUGUGAGCCUAACCCAUGUUUUUUUCUUUCUCUUUUUAAAGCCUUCACGGCUUCUCCUUCUCCAUCCCCACAAUUCAUGCUCUACUGUCUCUUAUAUUCCUCUUUCUAGCAUCCCUUCCCUGGCCUAGGCGGAAAAGUUGAAAUGUGGCUAGCUUUCUAAUCCUGACGUGCCCUAGGCAUGAAACUGAAAGGAUGACCUGCUUUUGUUUCUUCCACCCUCAGCAGAGAUUUCCGGUAGCCACCCCAGUGUCUGAGAAAUGACUCACAGUGGCACAGGGAAGUUUUUCUCGGGCUGGUUUCAUCUGCUCACAUUGAGACAUAAAGGGUUGUCUUGGGUUAGCAGUGCUUAAACACUGCUUUGGGAGAAGAGGGCUGGAGUGUUAAAGGGAAAUGCCAGAAGGCAACAAAACUGAAAACAUCUGCAUCUUAAAACAACAAGAACAACAAAACUUGCAUUUUGUAGAGAUCUUUCUCUCCCCUCCCUCCUUCCAGUGUUAAGCCUAUUGUGACUUUGUAAGGUAGGCCAGUCCUUUCAAGGUGGGAUUGAUUACAAAAGAUGCAGCCAGGGAACUUAUUGAUGUCAGAUGACAGAUGAACUUCCUGGCUUCCCCUUUAACAAGACAUUGACUUGUUACAGGCUAAAGUUAUGGAAGUCCCCCAGUGUCUGUGGGUGCAUUCAUUGGAAUUUAGCAAGAAUCCAGCCCCAGAUCUGGAUUUUCUGCCUCUUCAUAGAGUGUUCCUGGAAGAUGUUUGCUCCAGCUCUUCUCAUGAGGGCUUCAAAGAAGGAAGCUCUGUAAUUUAUAAGCUCUAGUCCAUUGCUGAGCUGUAAUCUCCUAACCUAUAGCUUGACUCUUUCUCUCUACUGUGAUCUUUAGGUUAUUGCCACUUGAGCUCUUCUCAGUCAUGUUGAAUUGUUUUUGCUGGCCUCUUAAUAUAGUUGAAACAUAAGGGUAUUCCUUCUCCUCUCAUCCCCUUUAUGUAAAUACAGUCAAACCUCGGUUCCUGAACACUUCCGUUUUGGAACGUUUUGGCUCCUGAACGCCGAAAACCUGGAAGUAAAUGCUCCGGUUUUCAAACUUUUUUGGAAGUCGAGCGUCCGACGCGGCUUCCACUUGAGUGCAGGAAGCUCCUGCAACCAAUUGGAAGCCGCUCCUCUGUUGAACAUUUCGGAAGCCAAAUGGGCUGCCAGAACGGAUUACGUUAGACGGCCAAGGUUAGACUGUACAGGGAGACUGUAAUCGUAAGCACUUACUAGGAAAUUAGUAUGACUGAUCACAGUGGGACUCGCUCCUGAGAAAACAUGUCCAGCUUGUGCUGCCAUACGGCAUACAGACUAUCCUUUCUCAUUCUGUUUCCCUGCUGGAAAUGCUCUUCUAACUCUCCACUGGAUUGCUUUUUCAGUAUCCCUUAAAUUUGGUGCCGUGCUUGAAUCUAGCCUUCUUGCUAUCCAGUGAGGCAUUGCUGCUACUUUAUUCCUUUAUGUGACCUGCACUGCUAGAAACUCAGAUUUACAAGCUAGGCGCCAAAUGGCUCCUUAAACCAAGGUUGCAGUUGCCAAAACAGAAUGUCUAGUUGCCGUUUGGGGGCAAGACGACUCUACAGUUUUAUUUUCCAAAUGAUGGAUUGACCGGGAUUGAUUCUCAGUUAGAUUUCUGCCUAGUUCAGAUGACAACCUUGAGCUGGGUUAAGAACUUUGAGAACUUUUUUUCCUUAAGCCACUUGAUCCAGGAAGAGUCUGCAAAUCUAUUGGCCUGUUCCGACCUCUUUCUUAAUGAUGACACGGACCAUUCAUAAUGUAGGAAUAAACAGCACCCAUUCAAGUUGAAACCCCAUCCCCAUUAAAACAAAAAGUUUGCAGGAAUCCAAAAAAGGUACAUGUCACCAGGCCACGUUGGACCGCAUUCACACCUGUGCGAAGAGGCCCCGAGGUCUCGUUGGUGCAAUGUGUGAAAAGACUUUAGCUUCCUCAGGCGAACUUGUGCUUUGUAAAAACAGAAGUCACACGGUUUCUGUUUUGCAAGCUGUAACACAAAACAUUGCAACUCUGGGAAGUCCAGAAUGCCAGUUUUGAAUGAAACACCGUGUGGCAAAUUGAGAUGAGGCAAAUCAGUCCCAGUUUCACAGUGUGCAGCAGAAGCCACAAGUGUCCUAAAAAUAAUCGCUGUGGUGCCAUCCAGUUUCACCAUGAGAAUAAUACCUUGGAUAUUGAGAUCCCACGAGAGCAGUGCUAGAAACUCAGAUAUAUAAGCUAGGCACAAAAUGGCUCCUUAAACCAAGGUUGCAGUUGCCUAAACCGAAUCCCUAAUUGCCAUUUUUGGGCAUGAUGGCUCUAAAGUUUUAUUUUCCAAAUGAUGGACUGACUGGGGUUGAUUCUCAGUUAAGCAUCUGGCUAGUUCAGAUGAAAACCUUGAGCUUGGAGAACUGCAAGAAGGAAAGUCCCUUGAUCCAGAGACAGGUCACAUAUAAAUUAGCCUAUUCCGACCUCUUUUUCUUAAUGGUGACAUGGACCAUUCGUAAAAUCGGAAUAUGCUUCACAACGGUGAGCAGGGCAGUGGGACGGGGCAAGUGAAGACAAGCUACAACCAUUCACUGCACCAUCGUUCACUGCUCCUGCUCAGGCUGCACAGAAAAAGCGUUUUGGUUCCUGAAAUUCAUUCCGAUUGUGAAGAUAAAAUGUAACUGAUAGAAUUCUACAGGAUGGGGUGUUAGUGCGUAAAAACAGUCCAGAUCCAAUGAUCCUCAGGCAUGCACUUCCAGAUGGUGGAGAUGCCAUCCUGGUGCCCAUCAUCAUGGUCACAAGUGGCUGACGGCCAGCUGCAAAAUGCACUUGGCUAAUUUUGAACACUGGUAACCCGAAAUGGUUACCAAAAGGGAUGUGGGUGGCGCUGUGGGUCAAACCACAGAGCCUAGGACUUGCUGAUCAGAAGGUCGGUGGUUCGAAUCCCCGCGACGGGGUGAGCUCCCGUUGCUUGGUCCCUGCUCCUGCCCACCUAGCAGUUCAAAAGCACAUCAAAGUGCAAGUAGAUAAAUAGGUACCACUCCGGCGGGAAGGUAAACGGCGUUUCCGUGCGCUGCUCUGGUUCGCCAGAAGUGGCUUAGUCAUGCUGGCCACAUGACCCGGAAGCUGUACGCCAGCUCCCUUGGCCAUAAAACGAGAUGGGCGCCGCAACCCCAGAGUCGUCCGCAACUGGACCCAACGGCCAGGGGUCCUUUAACCUGAAAUGGCAGCAUCCCUAUGUGCCGCACUUCUGCCAUCUGUUUAAGAGUGAUUUGAAUCUUUAGCUUGUCUCUUUCAUCUCCUCUCCAAUUAUAAGAGCUGUGGACUUGUACUGUCUUCAUCUAAAUUUGGGGGAAUGCUGUUUAUUUAAUAAAUAGUAAACAAUAGCUCUAUUUAAUGAACACCAUCCUCUUUAAAUGCCACUUAGGUUAAGCAUCACUUAAGUUAAAUCCUGGGUUAUUCCACAAUGCCCAUAUGCCCCCCUCCUAUAUGAUUAUCCUUGUGAGCUUUGCAGAUAUAUAUUUAUACCUUGGCUAAUAGGAAGAUCUGCUGAUCAAGUACCAUGUUAUUAAUGCUGCAACCCGACUGCCUCUUGAUUAAACUGGCCUGUAAUUUGUGGGCAUUCAUCUAUUAGUUUAGACUUCAGAAGAAGCUUUCUCUGAACAGCAACUUAACAUGGAAAUGUGGAUUAAGCUUAUUAGGAGUAGACUGUUGCCUUGUCAUUAGGAACAGACUGCUUGCUGCCUUGUAUGGCACAAAGGGAAUUUGAGAGAUACUGUUGGGACUGCUUGGCCAUUCACUGGUGACCUUCACAGGUUGAUUUUUCUGCCAAGGCAGCUUAAAAUGCUAAAACAAACAAAUGAUGUGAACUGUAAUGCGGGUUGAGUCAUAGAUGGCCGUCUUUUAUGUUUCUGACUAACAUCUCUUCAGUGGCUGUGAGAGGAAAGGGCUCUCUCACUUUAACAAUUGGGUGACGCCUUGAGAGGGCCUUCUUGAAUUCCUAAGUCAGUGUGGUUUAAUGGACUUGUCUGACGGCUCAUUCAGCUAUUGUGGCUGGUGCACAUGCUUCUGCUGAACUGUAGGUCUGUAGGGAGCUAUAGAGCUCGAUCGCUGGUCCCUCUAAUGUAUUGUCUACAUCAGGGGUGGCCAACUCCCAAGAGACUACGAUCUACUUACAAAAUUAAAAACUAGCAGUGAUCUACCCCCAUUUUGGGGGGGUUCAGGUCAAAGUUCUUGAGGGUUUUUUUUUAGGGAAGAGGAAAGUCCUGGCUUUAAGGGUUUUGGGAAAAACAUAGGAACAGCCACUCACCAACAAAUAGCUGGGGAAACAGCCUCACUCAGUAAACUCCGUCUUCCGUUCUGCAGAUCGUGCAACAAUGGAGAGCAGGGCAAGGGGGCUGGGCUGGGCUGAAAACGAUCGCAGGGACCCUGCGAUCGACCGUUAUCUACCAAAACCUCCCGGGGAUCUACCAGUAGAUUGGGAUCGACCUGUUGGACAUCCCUGGUCUACAUUAAUUAGCAGCAGCCCUUCAGGAUUUCAGAUGGGACCAGUGCUUGAAAUUUGACACAUUUUGCACCUGGGUAUGAACCACUAGUGACCAAGUAAAGAUGUCUGGGUGCCAAUAUGGCGCCUGAGAUCUCCUCCAUCUGGAGGCAGUGUUAGCAACUCACAUAUAGAAACUAGGUGCCAAAUAGCUCCUUAAACCAAGGUUACAGUCACCAAAAUGGAAUCUCUAGUUGCCAUUUGGGGGCAAGACGGCUCCAAUGUCUUAUUUUUCAAAGGAUGGACUGACUGGGAUUGAUUCUCAGCUAAACAUCUGGCUAGUUCAGAGACAACCUUGAGCCAGGUUAAGAGCUUUGAGAACUUCAAAGAGAACAGUCCCUUGAUCCAGGGACAGCCCACAUUAUUGGCCUAUUCUGAUCUCUUUUUCUGAAUGGUGACACGGGCCAUUCAUAACGUAGGAAUGUUCUUCACAACUGUGAGCAAGGCAGUGGGAUGGGGUAAGUGAAGAUAAGUGACAACAAAUAGCUAUAACACUGCUCCUGCUCAGGCUGUACAGAAGAAGCAUUUUGGUUCCUGAAAUUCAUUCUGAUUGUGCAGUUAAAAUAUAACUGAUAGAAUUCUACAGGAUGGGGUAUUAAUGUGUGAAAACAGUCUGGGUCCAAUUAUUCCCAGGCAUGCACCUUCAGAUGGUGGAGAUGCCAUCCUGGUGCCCAGGCAUUUUGGUCACAAGUGGCUGACAGCCAGGUGCAAAAUGUGCCUGGCGCCUGGCUAAUUUCGAACACUGUCUGGAGGUGCCUGCCUGGGGGAUCCUUGGAUCUUGACUGUUUUCACAAAGAAUUCGACAGGAUGGGGGAAUUCUAUCUAUUGUAUUUUAUCUGCAAAAUCAGAAUGAAUUUCUGGAACCAAAAAGUCGUACUGAAAAAUAUGACUUUUGAGCCGUCUGGCCCAAAAAUGGCAACUAGGCAUUCAGUUUUGGCGACUGUAACCCUAGUUUAAGGAGCCAUUUGCUGCCCAGCUUGUAUAUCUUAGUUUCUAACACUGGGUGGGGCAUUCCUGGUACAGUGGUACCUCAGGUUAAGUACUUAAUUCGUUCUGGAGGUACAUACUUAACCUGAAACUGUUCUUAAGCUGAAGCACCACUUUAGCUAAUGGGGCCUCCUGCUGCUGCCGCGCCGCCGGAGCGCGAUUUCUGUUCUCAUCCUGAAGCAAAGUUCUGAACCUGAAGCACUAUUUCUGGGUUAGAGGCGUGUGUAACCUGAAGCGUAUGUAACCUGAGAUACCACUGUACUACAGAGCUGCCAAGUAUUGUGUGUGGAACCUUCUGCCUGCACAUCAAAUGCUCCACUUCUAAGCUUGAGGACCUUUCUGUCUCAAUAUCUUGGAUGGCGGUAUCCUAUAUCCUUGCCCAUAGGAGUCCAGCUCCUUUUGUGUUUCGAAUACACUGUGAGAUACCUCCUCCUUAAAGAGCAAAACCUUUCAACUCUGCUUAUUCUUAGCACUUGUUAUAUUGUUUUAUCUCGGAAAUGGCUACAAAAUAUUUGGGCAGGUUCCCUUUUUUUGGCUUUGAAAACUGUCCUUGGACUUGGGUUUAUUUGUCCAAGAUAGCUGUGUGUAUGCCAUUUUCAAAAAAAAAACCACCCUUUUUUGAAAUGGAUGUUCUCAAAACUUCCUAGUAUAAGGCAUUCUUUUUUAUAAUGUGGAUACACGAUGUUCAGCCAGCAACAAAAUGGUGCAUGCCAGGGGUGCAUUGCAGCUGAGAUUUCAUAAUCUUUAAUGGCAAAGUUGGCUGGGGUGAGAAUGUUGUUUUCUUUGUCUUGAAUACAGUCUGAAUAUAAUGUCCAAAGGGGAAUGCAGCAGUUUCUUAGACUCGGGCUCUCUCUUCCCUUCCCUCCCCAACCCCUAAUUUUCUUUCCAAUUUGCUUGACUGCAUUUGGAGUUGCUGAAUUUCUUAAGACUUGACUGCAAGCCAAGGCCAUCGCCGUAGGCACGGACCUAUCUUUGAUUCUAGCACAGUGGUUCUCCGGACAGCUUGGUCCAAAUUCAUACACAGUACAAUUCCAGGAAGGUUAUUUUGCAAAAGUUCACUGAGUGCAACAGUUGGGCACCCAGACUUCUUCACUUGGUUCCAGGUGGCUGAUAACCGGGUGCAAAAUACGCCAGGCGAAUUUUGAACGCUGCUUAAAACUUGCUAUAAAGAGACAUGAAAAAGGAAUGGUGUACAUGUUCUCUGUUUUAAAUGAUGUAAAGUUGGGCAAGGCUUUACGUUACUGAAAACAGUUUUAAAAUGUACUGAAUUUUGGUACAGUGGUACCUCGGGUUAAGUACUUAAUUCGUUCCGGAGGUCUGUACUUAACCUGAAACUGUUCUUAACCUGAAGCACCACUUUAGCUAAUGGGGCCUCCUGCUGCCGCUGCCGCACCGCCGGAGCACAAUUUCUGUUCUCAUCCUGAAGCAAAGUUCUUAACCUGAAGCACUAUUUCUGGGUUAGCAGAGUCUGUAACCUGAAGCGUAUGUAACCUGAGGUACCACUGUAUAUCCAAAGAGCUGUGCAUUCCUUAUACUCUUCCAAAGGGAUAGUCAUCUAGGGUACAAAGUGCACCUGCAACUUUGAAACGGCCCUGUUUGAUAGCUAGUUGUAUUUUUGGUCACGCUACCGGUUGUGCGGGUUUUUCUUCCGGCUGUAGAAAAGUUUCCAUGGAUAAACGCAGUGAAAACAUUCCAACUCUCAGUGCAUGGCUUGUGGACCGCAUUGUCCAGCAGGGCAACUCAGCCCCGUCAGUAGAUCUUCAUUCUUAAUUCCACCCCUGUAUAUGUUGUUGCAGCCUGCCUUGAUUUGGGUUGCAACCCCAUCGUGGGUCUUGACUGAAGACUCAAUGGCUUGCACUCACCCACACCCACUCCUCCUCCUCCUCCUGUUCUGCUGCACUACUAACCAGUGUUAGAAACUGGGAUAGAAAAGCUAGGAGCCCAAUGGCUCCUGGGACCUGGGUUGUGGGCGCCAAAACAGAAUGUCUAGUCGCCAUUUUGGGGGGGGCGUUCGGCAACACUUUUUAUUACCUUGAUAAGCAUGAAGUAAUACACAGUUCACAUAAAGCAAUACAGUGGUGCCUCGCAAGACGAAAAUAAUUCGUUCCGCGAGUCUUUUCGUCUUGCGAUGUUUUUCGUCUUGUGAAGCACGGUCCGUCGCAGCUGCGCCUCUUCAAGCGGCUUUAAGAAAAAAGCGCAAGACGUUUUCGUCUUGCGAAGCAAGCCCAUAGGGAAAUUCGUCUAGCGAAGCAACGCAAAACCGAAAAACCCUUUCAUCUAGCGAGAUUUUCGUCUUGCGAGGCAUUCAUCUUGCGGGGCACCACUGUACAUUGUUAAUAUCACAUUUUUAAGAGAAAUUGUUUAAUUGGGUGUUGACAAUAAAAAUAUGGGCGCCAUACUUCAGUUUUCAAACCACACUACUCUUUAUUGUUAAACUCCUUAACGUAUUGCCUAUCCUUGACAUAUACAGUGGUACCUCAGGUUAAGUACUUAAUUCGUUCCAGAGGUCUGUUCUUAACCUCAAACUGUUCUUAACCUGAAGCAUCACUUUAGCUAAUGGGGCCUCUUGCUGCUGCUGCACCUCCGGAGCAUAAUUUCAGUUCUCUUCCUGAAGCAAAGUUCUUAACCUGAAGCAAUAUUUUUGGGUUAGCGGAGUCUGUAACCUGAAGUGUAUGUAACCUGAAGCGUAUGUAACCCGAGGUACCACUGUACUCGGGAGCUUCAAAGCACAUACAUUUCAGUCAUCCUGGAGGGUCAGCCAGGCGCCAAAAAUGGCACCCAGACUUUUUGAGCUUGCAAAUGAAGAAUCUUUAGGCGCAAAAUGCACCUGGCGCCCUGUUAAUUUCGAACCCAGCACCAGGUGAAGGGAGAGUUUCAGAGAGCAUGGGAUUCACCCCUCAGCUUCCCUUGUUUAAAUGUGCUGAUCUUGGCUACUAGCCGAGUUCACCGGACUCGUGGCUGGAGGAGUGGGCUGCAUUGACAUGCCACGUUCCCCUCCAUUAGUUGUGCUACUUUCUGGCUAGUAGCGAUUCCAGGAAGAUGAAAUUAUUCAGGCCUCGCUGACUGCGGGGAAAUGGUUUUGGAGCUGUCCACCAAGGUAAUGGAAAUGGAUAUUGACAUAAGAUACAUUCAAAGAAGCAUUCCAACUUCAGAGUGCAUGCACUUAAGUCGGCCCUGGGGAAUGCAACCCAAAACCUUCCAGCGAGUUCUCAAAAUCUAACUUGAAAGCUGCAUUCCCUGGGCAAAGGUUGGGGAGAUGCAGAAGGCUGCACUCAAAGGCUGCAUUCAGUGUCUUUUCUUACAGCUUGUUCUGCAGAGAGAUCUUUGCACCCAGUGUUAGAAACUCAGGUAUAUAACCUAGGCGCCAAAUGGCUCCUUAAACCAAGGUCACAGUCGCCAAAACGGGAUGCCUAGUCGCCAUUUUGGGGCAAGGCGGCUCUAAAGUCUUAUUUUUCAAAUGGUGGACUGGCUAUCAGUUAAGCAUCUGGCUAGUUCAGAGAACGACCUUGAGCUAGGUUAAGAACUUGGAGACCUUGAAAAAAAGUCCCUUGAUCUGGGGACAAUCCCCAUAUCUAUUGGCCUCUUCCAACCUCUUUCUUAAUGGUAACACGUUCAUGUUGUUGUUGUUUAGUCAUUUAGUCGUGUCUGACUCUUCGUGACCCCAUGGACCAGAGCACGCCAGGCAUUCCUGUCUUCCACUGCCUCCCGCAGCUUGGUCAAACUCAUGCUGGUAGCUUCGAGAACACUGUCCAACCAUCUCGUCCUCUGUCGUCCCCUUCUCCUUGUGCCCUCAAUCUUUCCCAACAUCAGGGUCUUUUUCAGAGAGUCUUCUCUUCUCAUGAGGUGGCCAAAGUCUUGGAGCCUCAGCUUCAGAAUCUGUCCUUCCAGUGAGCACUCAGGGCUGAUUUCCUUCAGAAUGGAUAGGUUUGAUCUUCUUGCAGUCCAUGGGACUCUCAAAAGUCUCCUCCAGCACCAUAAUUCAAAAGCAUCAAUUCUUCGGCAAUCAGCCUUCUUUAUGGACCAGCUCUCACUUCCAUACAUCACUACUGGGAAAACCAUGGCUUUAACUAUACGGACCUUUGUUGGCAAGGUGAUGUCUCUGCUUUUUAAGAUGCGAGGAUAUUCUUCACAACUGUGAAGAGGGCAAUGGCAAGUGAAGCCAAGCAACAACCAUUAAAUAUAAUGUUUACUUCUCCUGCACAGAAACAGCUUUUCGGUUCCAGAAAUUCAUUCUGAAACCUGGAAAACCUGAACACCCACUGCCAUUCAGUGAGAAAUAUACUGGAUGGAGCCCUGAUCUGGCUCGGUGUAAGGCCGUUCCCUAAGGAUGUAAACAACCACUUGGUUAUGGCCUGUAAGGACGGCUUCCCAGGGCACCUGUGGGCUUAGUAACUUCCAUGGAUUGCAAAGCUCGGAACAAAUUGAUGUGGUUAAAGGUUGGCACAAAGUGUUCUCGUGCGGCAACUGCGUGGUGACAUGGGUUUGCAAUGCUUGCCUGCUCUCAACAGAUGUGCUUCCUGCUUCCUCAGCUUUUAGCCGGCAUUCCAUCCUGUUGCUCUUUUUAUCAGGCUCUGGGGGGAUCUGAAUGCAGACCACCCCUCUGGAAGGCACUUUCCAAAAGGCGGCAUAGAAACGAGUCUUCGGUGCGGCUGUUUUGUUUAUUUGCUUUUUGCAGCACUUCCAAAUCUCUUCCUGCAUCGUGGGAGGAGGGGGGGCAGGUAUGGACUUUGGGACGGGCUGUUUCAGUUUUGGAUUCUGCCUUUGAAAAAGUGCUUCAUAAACAGAGUUGCGUCUUUUUGUGUAGAAGGGGCACCUGAAUUAAUUGAAACUGCCCCUAUAAACUGGUUUCUCUCUCUUCUCUCACCCUGCCCAGACGGAAUUUCAGGCAGAAUUGACAAAUGCUGGUGGAAAGCUCAUAGUCGUCGACUUCUCUGCCACAUGGUGCGGACCAUGCAAAAUGAUCAAGCCGUUCUUCCACGUAAGUAAGCUGCUCUGAGUCUACGGGCUGAAUAAAAAUCAAUGAACUUUUUAAAAAAAAUUAAAUCAGAUUUUUAAAAAAUUUAAAUCAGAUUUUUAAAAUAAAAUGCUUUUGGAGCAAAAAUCUUUCUAAAGAUAGCUUUCUAUUUAAGUUACAUUAUAGUCGAUUAUAGUCCAAAGGCUGUUCAUCAGGAAAUAAGGAUUUGUUUUAAGUUUUUCAUGUGUGCUAAAACUCAAAAAUAAAAUAAAAUGCUUUAAAUCAAGUCUUCCUGACUAGUGAUUUAAAUCGAUUUGAUUUAAAUCAAAUCCACCCUGAAUGUCUAGUUCUCAUUUUUGGGCAAGAGGGCUCUAAAGUUUUACUUUUCAAAUGGUGGACUUACUAUCAUUUAAACAUCUGGCUAGUUCAGAUGUGACAAGCUUGAGGCAGGUUAAGAGCUUAGAGAACCUGGAGAAAAGUCCCUUGCUCCAGGGAAAGUCCCCAUAUCUAUUGGCCUGUUCCUACCUCUUUUUCUUAAUGGUGACAUGAACCAUUCAUAAUGUAGGAAUAUUCUUCACAACUGUGAGCACUGCAGUGGGACAGGGUAGGUGGAGACAAGUGACAACAGUGAGCUAUCACAUUGUUCACUGCUCCUGCUCAGGCUGCAUUCUACAGGAAGGGAUAUGAGUGUGUGAAAAGAUCCACAGAAUGUGGAGAUGUCACAUGCCAUCAUGGCGCCCAGGCAUCUUCAAUGGCCCUGGUGCCUGGCUAAUUUCGAACCCUGAAUAGUGCUCCUAUACAUUUUUAAGAUGGGACACUUUAAUUUCCUCCCUGCCGUCCCAGCACAACAGGAGAUGAGACCAUUUCGUCGUCUUCUUCCCCUUGGUAGUUGCCAAUCACUUCCUUUUUGCCUGCAGACCAGACUUGGCAUCUUGCUCAUCAUGGUAGGCUGGGAAAGAGACGCCUGGAACGUGACUGAGGACUAGAAUUUGUGGGAGAAACCAUGGUUUCCUUAGCUCAUGAGCUUGUGUGGAUGGGGGAUACUUGCAAAUUGACACUGGUCCUGCUCAACAGCCUCAAACAUCAAGAGGGUGGACUCUUGAAUUGUCCCCUCAGCUUCCUUUCGGCUUUCCCGUAGCCCAUGAACCAUGAGGAGAAGAGAGCAGAGCAAUAGAGGUUGUGCCCACUGAUUCAGCUGCUUGCCCUAGCUGCCAGGGAACGAGAAUGACCCAUGGCCAAAGUGGAAGGCUCCCAAAGAUGAACCUUGCCCAGCCUCCUGAUGGAUCCUCUACCCAACAUGUCAACUCCUUUUAUGCUCAGAUUGACCCCAUCAUCUCUGCCACUUGCUUGGGGGUGGCUAACGGGGGCUUCCAUGUAUGAGAGAGUAGAUAACUCACUGCUGGAAGGGAAGCUACAGGGAACCAGGCAGAGGGUCUUCUCGGUAGCAGCGCCCUCCCUGUAGAACGCCCUACUGUCAGAUGGCAAGGAGAUGAAGAACACAACUUUUAGAAGACAUCUGAAGGCAGCCCUGUUUCAGGAAGGUUUUUAAUGUUUGACAUUUUAUGUUUUUCUAUGUGCUGGAAGCUGCCCAGAGCGGUUGGGACAACCCAACCAACUGGGCAUGGUAUAUUAUUUUUUAUUAUUAUUAUUUAUUAAUAAUAAUAAUAAAUAAUAACCUCUCUCCUCCUCUCUAGUAUAACCCUCUCUCCUUUCUUUACCCAACAGAGUCUUCUCGAAAAGUAUCCGGAUGUAGUGUUUAUUGAAAUCGACGUGGAUGAUGCUCAGGUAAAUUCUAGAGUGCGGCUGUCAAACUAGAGGAGUGUGUGUGUGUGUGUGUGUGUGUGUGAGAGAGAGAGAGAGAGAGAGAGAGAGAGAGAGAAAGAAAGAAAGAAAGAAAGAAAGAAAGAAAGAAAGAAAGAAAGAAAGAAAGCUGUAGCUAUGUAUUUUAAGGACUUGUCUCUUGGGGAAACUCUCACACUUUGCAGAGGGUUCUGGACAAUGUCCUCCUAGGGGGCAGGGUGGCACUCAGACUUCGUUGCCAAGUAUUCAGCUUGGGACCAGGACCACCUGAAGCAUGGUCUCACCCCUUUUAGACCGACUGGAUCACUGCGAUCUGCGGAAGGGUCCUCUUGCAGAUGCCCAUCUUAUCAAGAGGUCUGUUCUGCGCAACACAGGGAUCAGCCUUUAGUGCUCUGACACCCAAACUCCAGAAUUCCCUCUCCUUGAACACUCAACGGGCUCUGCCUCUGUUGUCUUUUCGGCGCCUGCUGAAGACCUUCCUCUGUCAACAAGUUGUUUCAGUUGUGGCCUUUCCCUGGUCUGUGUUGGGAAUGCUUUUAGGAUAUAUCAUUGUUUAGUCACGUGCUGUUUGCCACCCUGGUCUCCUUUGGGAGAAAGGGUGUCAUAUAUGUUUAACGAACAACCCCAGGCUUCACCAGAACAAACUGAAAACAGCUUCAUGCUAUCGCAAUCCCAGAAAUAAGGAUGGAACUAUGUAAAGGUGAACCCGGGCUUUUAAAACUGCUCGAAAUGCAGAAUUUCUCUUGCCAAGGAGCCCUGGGAAUUUGUAGCUUGGCCAGUGCUGACCAUUCCAUUCUCAAGCCUUGGCUUCACAGAACUAAACUUCCCAGGCAAGAGGGAAUUUACUGUUUAAACUGGCUUCACUACGUGGUGUGGUAGAUAGGGUGUGAUAUUUUGCAAUUCUCUGCAUUUACCCAGCUGCAAUUUACAAAAUUCUUUUUUUGGGGGGGGGUGGAUAUUAAAAUGGUAUAGAACUUUAGAAUAAAUAUUGGCUAUUCCUCCAUUAGCCUAAGGGCAGGCAAGCAUGACAUUGUGCAAUUGGAACAUUGCUGUUCCAUAGUUUUUAUUCCCCUAUGGCUAAGAGAAAUGCAAAUGGGCGACUUGUGCAUAAUAUGGUUUGCCUUGGUGCAGGCAAAACUUAAGGUCCACAAAUGACAACAUUUUGGAGGUCCCAGGUCGCAAGGUGGUUAGAUUGGUCGCAACUAGGGCCAGGGCCUUUUCAGUACUGGCCACGACUUGGUGGAACGCUCUGUCACAAGAGACCAGUGCCCUGCGGGACUUGACAUCUUUCUGCAGGGCCUGCAAGAUGGAGCUGUUCCGCCUGGCCUUUGGUUUGGACUCAGUCUGACCUUUAUGUUCCCCUCCCCUUAUGGUUUUGAUCUAUGGGCUACUUUUAAAAUGAGGCUGCAUUUUAGAUUGCAUUUUAACCUGUAUUUUAAAUUCCCCCCCCCCAUUAUGAGUUUGCUGUAAUUUUACUGGUGUUAGCCGCCCUGAGCCCGGCUCUGGCCGAGCAGGGUGGGGUAUAAAUAUUUAUUAUUAUUAUUAUUAUUAUUAUUAUUAUCAUUUAUUAUUAAAUGAGCUGCAGCUUCUUCCUUGCCUUGUGGAAAAUAUCCCUGUUGCAUCUUAUUCUUCUCCUUCCCUCCCUCUCCUCUCCCCCUCCCCCUCGAAUCUUUAUAAGUGGUUCAGCUUCUUUUCACGUUUUCCUGAUCUUGGGUACCAACUCCUGUGCUCACCUGAGACUAAUACAGAUAACCUCUUUCAUCUCCUCUAGGAUGUUGCCGCUCACUGUGACGUCAAGUGCAUGCCAACAUUCCAGUUCUACAAGAACAAUCAAAAGGUAUGUGUAGUCCCACAUUUCCAGCAAAACAUCUUGGGGGUGGGGGCCGUGGGACGCCACCUCCAGAAUUAUUAUUUUUGGGUGGGGAAGGGAGGCACUAUAUUCAGUUGUUGGGGGUCUUGUGAGGCAUCCCUCUUGGCUCAACCUACCUGGAUUUCUGCCCUCCCUACCCAACACUCCGUACAAGGUUGUAUAUACAGUGGUGCCUUGCUUCUCAAACUUAAUCCGUUCCGGGAGUCUGUUCGACUCCCGAAACAUUUCGAAAACCAAGACGCAGCUUCCGAUUGGCUACAGGAGCUCCCUGCACGCAGUCAGGAAGUUGCGGAAGCCGUGUCGGCUGUUUGGCUUCCGAAAAGUGCUUGCAAACCGGAACACUCGCUUCCGGGUUUGUGGCAUUUGGGACCCGAUUUCUUUGGGAGCCAAGCCGUUCGGGAAACAAGGUACCACUGUAUACAGUGACACACACCUGGUGGCAAAGGGAUAAUAAUAAUAAUAAUAAUAAUAAUAAUAAUAAUAAUAAUUUAUUAUUUAUACCCCGCCCAUCUGGCUGGGCUUCCCCAGCCACUCUGGGCGGCUUCCAAAAAAAUAUUAAAAUACUAUAAUGCAUCAAACAUUAAAAGCUUCCCUAAACAGGGCUGCCUUCAGAUGUCUUCUAAAAGUCUGGUAGUUGUCGUUCUCUUUGACAUCUGGUGGGAGGGCGUUCCACAGGCAAGGUGGCACUACCAAGAAGGCCCUCUGCCUGGUUCCCUGUAACUUGGUUUCUCACAGUGAGGGAACUGCCAGAAGGCCCUCGGUGCUGGACCUCAGUGUCUGGGUAGAACGAUGGGGGUGGGGACGCUCCUUCAGAUAUACUGGACGAAGGCCGUUUAGGGCUUUAAAGGUCAGCACCAACACUUUGAAUUGUGCUCGGAAAUAUACUGGGAGCCAAUGUAGGUCUUUCAAGGCCGUGUUCUGGAUUAGUUGUAGUUUCCGGGUCACCUUCAAAGGUAGCCCCACGUAGAGUGCAUUGCAGUAAUCCAAGCGGGAGAUAACCAGAGCAUGCACCACUCUGGCGAGGCAGUCCGUGGGCAGAUAGGGUCUCAGCCUGCGUACCAGAUGGAGCUGGUAAACAGCUGCCCUGGACACAGAAUUAACCUGCGCCUCCAUGGACAGCUGUGAGUCCAAAAUGACUCCCAGGCUGCGCACCUGGUCCUUCAGGGGCACAGUUUCCCCAUUCAGGACCAGGGAAUGCCUGUUGAGUCUACCUCUGAGGCUUCAGGCGCCAGAUUUCAUCAUGUGCAUCGCUUGUUAGGUUAUGGGUAGCAGUGGCUGUGGCCGGGGGAAUACUGCAAUUCUCUGGCAGGAUUCAAAAUUAGCCAGGCACAUUUGUGACUGGCGGGGGUCCCAUUUCUGCCACGUGGAGAUAUCUGGGUGCCAUGCUGGCAACAGACAACUCCACCUGGCUGGUCCCUCCAGCUUUCUUGAGCAGGUAAGUAGAAAAGCUUAUUUAUUUCAUUUAUAGCCCCCUCCUCAGUUAAUCCCUGCAACAACCCUGUGAGGUGGGUUAAGAGGCUGCGACUAGCUCCAAGGUCACACAGUGAGCUUCAGGACGGAAUGGAGAUUUGAACCCUGGUCCCCCAGGUCCUGGUCUGACACUCUAACCACUAAACCACACUGCCUCCCUAGAGUACUUCUGCUCUGGGGCAGCUUUAUAAAUUAAGCAGAUAAAUAAAUAAAUAAAUAAAUAGGGGGGAAGCAAAAUGUUCCUUAGAGAACGAUCUGAAAUAUUUUCCUUGAAGCUUGAAUUUGUUUUAUUCCAGAUUGUUUUAUUUGAUGUUUUGAUGUGCUCUCAACCACUUUAGAGAUUUUUCCUUUAAAAUAUAAAGCAGCGUAGAAAUGAGGAAUAACGAUAAAAUCUUGCUGAUUAAAAGGUACAUUUGUUUGUGGUGAUGGAACCUUGGUUUAAGGUGCCAUAUAUAUGUGUGUGGGAUGUUAUUAGGGUUUAUAGAGAAAAGUACAAAACUUCCUCUUUUUUUGUCCAAACUGAAACUUAUCUAAAUGCAAUAAAAACAAAGAGGAGGAGGAGAAAGGAGUAAAGAAAAAUAUUUAAUUUAAAAAAAAGAUUAAGAGGGAGAAAAUAAAAUUCAGAAGGGACUUCCGAUUCUUCUGUCUGCUAUAUGUAAACAACAUUCACUUCUUCUACUCCAAUAGAACACCCAACAAUUAGUCUUAUAUGUUUGAGUUUCUAACACUGCACAAGUAAUAACAAAAGUGGAAUUCUGAGGUUAGGAUGAAUGACAGAGAGAGAGGCUGGAAACUGAGAAUGAAGCUGCUAAGAAACCUGUGUCUGGUGACUUCUGUCUGGAACGGGAGAAAAUUACAAUCGUCUUGACAUGAAAAGCACGCAUCUUUUGAGCGUCCAUAAACUAUAAGUGUUAGCAAGUGUGCAUUUCUGUGUGACUUUGAAUGCACUCAAUUUGUCUGCUUUCUUACUUCAAAAGUGAUGGUUUGAAAGAAAGGCCUGAACUUGGAAUUCCUGUAUUUCAGGUGCAUGAAUUCUCUGGAGCGAACAAAGAGAAGCUGGAAGAAACCAUCAAGAAUCUAAAGUAACCUAACCCACAGAUUCCUAAAUAAUAAAAAAAGUGCUGACUGUUAAAUUAUAGCCUUUUCUACAUAAUGAACUGAUCAAGUUAGAUCAUGUAUCCAAAUACACUUUUGACUCGUUGGCCUGUAAAUGAGAAGAAUAAAAAUGUAUAAAACGGGUGUCGCUGCAUGAAUCUUGUGGCUUCGCUGUU